GCUGACCGCAACGACCACGACCCCGUCUUCGAGCAGGGCGAGUACAGGGAGACCAUCCGGGAGAACGUGGAGGAGGGAUACCCCAUCCUGCAGCUGCGCGCCACCGACGUUGACUCCCCGCCCAACGCCAACAUCCGCUACCGCUUCGUCAACGAGCGGGCUGCCCAUGCCGUCUUCGAGAUCGAUCCACGCUCCGGCCUCAUCACCACCAGCGGGCCGGUGGAUAGGGAGAAGAUGGAGAGGUACUCCUUGGUGGUGGAGGCCAAUGACCAGGGGAGGGAGCCAGGGCCGCGCUCCGCCACGGUCAAGGUCUACAUCACCGUCCUUGACGAGAACGACAACACCCCUCAGUUCAGUGAGAAGCGCUACAUUGUCCAGGUGAGGGAGGACAUACGGCCUCACACUGAGAUCCUGCGCGUCACUGCCACAGACCUGGACAAGGACAACAAUGCGCUGGUCCACUACAACAUCAUCAGCGGGAACAGCCGGGGCCAGUUCUCCAUUGACAGCGUCACUGGGGAGAUACAGGUGGUGGCCCCACUGGAUUUUGAGGUGGAGCGGGAGUACGCCCUGAGGAUCCGGGCUCAGGAUGCAGGGCGCCCUCCCCUCUCUAACAACACCGGCAUGGCGAGCAUCCAGGUGGUGGACAUCAAUGACCAUGCGCCCAUUUUUGUCAGCACCCCUUUCCAAAUCUCCGUCCUUGAGAACGCUCCCCUUGGCCACUCUGUCAUCCACAUCCAGGCCGUGGACGCGGAUUACGGCGAGAACUCGCGCCUGGAGUACAAACUGACGGGGGUCUCGGCUGACACACCGUUCGUGGUGAACAGUGCCACGGGGUGGAUCACUGUCAGUGGGCCCUUGGACCGGGAGUCGGUUGAGCACUAUUUUUUUGGGGUAGAGGCUCGGGACCAUGGCUCUCCGUCUUUAUCUGCCUCUGCCAGCGUCACCAUUACUGUCAUGGAUGUCAACGACAACCGCCCUGAGUUCACCCAGAAGGAGUACUUCAUCCGCCUGAAUGAGGAUGCAGCUGUGGGGACCAGCGUCCUCAGUGUCACGGCAAUUGACCGGGAUGUGAACAGUGCCAUCACCUACCAGAUCACGGGAGGCAACACGCGGAACCGCUUCUCCAUCAGCACGCAAGGUGGGAUGGGGCUCAUCACUCUGUCUCUGCCACUGGACUACAAGCAGGAGAGGCGCUACGUGCUCACCGUGACGGCCUCUGAUCGCACCCUGCGUGACAACUGCCACGUUCACAUCAACAUCACCGAUGCCAACACACACCGGCCUGUGUUCCAGAGUGCCCACUACUCUGUAAGCGUCAACGAGGACCGGCCCGUGGGCAGCACCGUGGUGGUGAUCAGCGCCACGGACGAUGAUGUGGGGGAAAAUGCCCGCAUCACAUACUACCUAGAAGACAACGUCCCUCAGUUUCGCAUUGAUCCAGACUCUGGGGCCAUCACACUACAGGCAGAACUGGACUAUGAGGACCAGGUUACGUACACGUUGGCUAUCACUGCCAAGGACAAUGGGAUCCCCCAGAAAGCAGACACCACCUACGUUGAAAUCAUGGUGAAUGAUGUUAAUGACAACGCUCCCCAGUUCGUCAGCCCUCAUUACCAGGGCAUGAUCUCUGAGGAUGCACCUCCCUUCACCAGUGUGCUCCAGAUCUCUGCCACCGACCGGGAUGCCCACACCAAUGGGCGAGUGCAGUAUACCUUCCAGAACGGGGAGGAUGGGGAUGGAGACUUCACUAUAGAGCCCACCUCAGGGAUCAUUCGCACUGUCCGCAGGCUGGACCGUGAGAACGUUCCUGUCUAUGAGCUGACUGCAUACGCCGUGGACAGGGGCAUCCCUCCUCAGCGAACUCCUGUCCAUAUCCAGGUUACCAUUCAGGAUGUGAAUGACAAUGCCCCUGUCUUUCCAGCUGAAGAGUUUGAGGUCUUGGUAAAGGAGAACAGCAUCGUAGGCUCUGUCGUGGCCCAAAUCACGGCUGUUGAUCCAGAUGAGGGACCAAAUGCCCAGAUCAUGUACCAAAUUGUGGAAGGCAACAUCCCCGAGAUAUUCCAGAUGGACAUCUUUUCUGGGGAGCUCACAGCCUUGAUAGACCUGGAUUAUGAGACAAAACCCGAAUAUGUGAUUGUAGUGCAGGCCACCUCUGCCCCUCUGGUCAGCAGAGCCACGGUCCAUAUCAAACUCAUUGACCAGAAUGACAACAGCCCUGUUCUCAAGAACUUCCAGAUCCUGUUCAAUAACUAUGUAUCCAAUAAGUCCAACACCUUCCCCUCGGGCGUCAUAGGGAAGGUCCCAGCUUAUGACCCAGAUGUGUCCGACCGCCUCUUCUACACCUUUGAGCGGGGAAAUGAACUGCACUUGUUGAUUGUAAAUCAAUCGAGCGGGGAGCUGAGGCUGAGCCGUAAGCUGGACAACAACCGUCCACUCGUGGCCUCCAUGCUGGUGACUGUCACAGACGGGAUCCACAGCGUGACGGCCCAGUGCGUCCUGCGGGUGAUCAUCAUCACAGAGGACAUGUUGGCCAACAGCAUCACGGUGCGGCUAGAGAACAUGUGGCAGGAGCGCUUCCUCUCCCCGCUGCUGUCCACCUUCCUGGAAGGGGUGGCCACCGUGCUCGCGACGCCCAAGGAGGACAUCUUCAUCUUCAACAUCCAGAAUGACACAGAUGUGGGCGGCACAGUGCUCAACGUCAGCUUCUCGGCCCUGGCACCACGGGGCGGGCGCUACUUCAGCUCGGAGGAGCUUCAGGAGCAGCUCUACAUGAAACGCAUGGCACUGACAGGUGCCUCCAUGCUGGAGGUGCUGCCCUUUGACGACAACGUCUGCUUGCGGGAGCCCUGCCAGAACUACAUGAAGUGCAUCUCCGUCCUCAAGUUUGACAGCUCAGCCCCCUUCAUCGCCUCACCCUCCACCCUCUUUCGACCCAUCCACCCCAUCACUGGCCUGCGGUGCCGCUGCCCGCAGGGCUUCACCGGGGACUACUGCGAAACAGAGAUCAACCUCUGCUACUCUAACCCCUGCCUGAACGGCGGGAUCUGCACCCGCAAGGAGGGGGGAUACACAUGCAUUUGCCGCCAGCACUUCAGCGGCGAGAACUGCGAAGUGGACAGCCGCUCGGGGCGCUGCGUGCCCGGCGUGUGCCGCAAUGGCGGCACCUGCACCAACGGCGCUGACGGGGGCUUCCGCUGCCAGUGCCCAGCGGGCGGCUUCGAGACACCCUUCUGUGAGGUGUCCACGCGUUCCUUCCCGCCACGAUCCUUCAUCAUGUUCCGGGGCCUGCGGCAACGCUUCCACCUCACCCUCGCCCUCUCGUUCAGCACCGUGGAGCCCAGCGGCCUCCUGCUCUACAAUGGGCGCCUGAAUGAGAGACACGACUUCCUGGCGGUGGAGAUCAUCCAGGGGCAGGUCCAGCUGAAAUACUCCACAGGAGAGUCCAGCACAGUGGUGAGCCCCUACCUGCCAGGGGGUGUGAGUGAUGGGCAGUGGCACACACUGCAGCUCCACUACUACAACAAGCCCAAGCUCAGCGCGCUGGGGGUGGUGCAGGGCCCCUCCAAGGACAAGGUGGCCAUCUUGACAGUGGACGAAUGUGAUGCCUCGGUGGCCCUGCAGUUCGGCAGCGAGAUCGGGAACUACUCCUGUGCUGCAGAGGGUGUGCAGACCAGCUCAAAGAAGUCCCUGGACCUCACAGGUCCCUUGCUCCUUGGAGGGGUCCCCAACCUGCCGGAAAACUUCCCUGUCACUCACCGGGACUUUGUGGGAUGCAUGAGAGACCUGUACAUCGACAGCAAACGCAUCGACCUGGCCUCCUACAUCGCCAACAACGGAACUGCUGCAGGCUGCCAUGCCAAGCACACGUUUUGCGACUCCAGCCCCUGCAAGAACGGUGGCACCUGCUCUGUCAGCUGGGGGACCUACUCCUGCCUCUGUCCUGUUGGCUUCGGGGGCAAAGACUGCCGCCACCCCAUGCACCAUGCCCACUAUUUCCAGGGCAACAGUGUCCUGACCUGGGACUUCAAGACAGAUGUGAAGAUCUCAGUGCCGUGGUACCUGGGGCUGGCGUUUCGGACACGCCAGGCAGAUGGGGUGCUUCUGCAAGCCCAUGCUGGCCAGUACACCACCCUGCUCUGCCAGCUGGCUGGGGGCCUGCUCUCCUUCAUGGUGAGCAGGGGGUCCGGGCGCAGCACCAGCCUCCUUCUGGACCAGCUGCAGCUCAGUGAUGGGAGAUGGCAUGACCUCCAGCUGGAGCUGCGGGACGUCCACAGCGGGCGAGACUCACGCUACGUCAUCACCCUCACCUUGGACUUUGGGCUCUAUCAGGAUACAGUGGUUGUCGGAAAUGAACUGCAUGGCCUGAAGGUGAAACAUCUGCAUGUGGGGGGAGUCCUGGGCUCUGGUGAGGUGCAGAACGGGCUGAGGGGCUGCAUACAGAUGGUGCUCUCUGUCCACACCUCAGGGUACUAUGGAGGGGACUGCGUGGAUGUGUGUCACCUCAACCCCUGCAAGAACAAGUCGGUGUGUCGCCGCAAGCCAGGCUCACCCCUGGGCUACGUGUGCGAGUGCGGAGGGAACUUUUUCGGGCAGUACUGUGAGCACAGUCCCACCUGUGGGCCCUGUAACUGUGAUGUGAACAAGGGCUUUGACCCUGACUGCAAUAAAACCAACGGGCAAUGCCACUGCAAGGACUUCCACUACCGCCCCAAAGGCAGCGACACCUGCCUGCCUUGCGACUGCUACCCUGUGGGCUCCACCUCACGCUCCUGCGACAAGGAGACAGGCCGGUGCCACUGCCGGCCCGGGGUCAUCGGGCGCCAGUGCAAUAGUUGUGACAGCCCUUUUGCCGAGGUGACGCCCAGCGGCUGCGAGGUGCUCUAUGAUGGCUGCCCCAAAAGCCUGAAGGCGGGUGUGUGGUGGCCCCAGACCAAGUUUGGCUUUUCGGCUGCGGUGCUGUGUCCCAAAGGCUCCUUGGGCUUGAGGGGUGCAGGUGCAGCUGUUAGACACUGUGAUGAGGAGAAGGGCUGGCUGGAGCCAGAUCUCUUCAACUGCACUUCACCUGCCUUCAAGGAGCUCUCCAUGCUGCUGGAGGGCUUAGAAAGGAAUGAGACUGAGCUCAACACAAUUGAAGCCAAGAAGCUGGCCCACCGGCUCCGGGCUGUGACGGACCACAUGGACCACUACUUUGGCAAUGACGUGCACAUCACUUUCCGCCUGCUGUCGCGCCUCAUGGCCUUUGAGAGCCGGCAGCGUGGCUUUGGGCUGACAGCCACACAGGACGCCCACUUCAAUGAGAACCUGCUGCGCGCAGGCAGCUCUGUGCUGGCGCCUGAGAACCGGGAGCACUGGGCCAUGCUGCCGCACAGCGAGCACGGCAGCGCCAGCCUCAUGGAGCAGCUGCGGGACUACUCGGGCACGCUGGCCAGCAACAUGAAACUCACCUACCUCAACCCCGUCGGCGUCGUCACCCCCAACAUCAUGCUGAGCAUCGAUCGCAUGGAGAACCACUCCCACAUCCGUCGGCGCUACCCUCGCUACCACAGCAGCCUCUUCCGGGGCCAGCCCGCCUGGGACCCCCACACCCACGUUGUGCUGCCGCUGUCGGUGCUGAGCCCCCCAAAAGCCGAAGUGCCCACGCUGGCUGGGGGCGAAGGGAACUACACUGUGGAGAACUCCUCCCCGAGGCAGGUGCUGCCGGACCCCGAGCCCGCUCUCACUGUGAUCAUCCUCAUCAUGUACCGCACUCUGGGUGGGCUGCUGCCUGCACGCUACCAGGUGGAUCGCCGCAGCGUCAGGCUCCCCAGGAAUCCUGUGAUGAACUCCCCCAUCGUGAGUGUGUCUGUGUUCAGCAAUCACACCUUCCUGCGGGGGCCCCUGGACACCCCUCUCGUGCUGGAAUUUCAUCUGCUGGAGACGGCCAACAGGAGCAAACCUCUCUGUGUCCAGUGGAACCACUCCAACCCGACCAACCCCUCCGGCUUCUGGACAGCCAGGGACUGUGAGCUUGUGUACAGAAACACCACCCAUGUACACUGCCAGUGCUCCCAGUUUGGCACCUUUGGAGUUCUGAUGGAUAGCUCGCACCGAGAGCAACUGGAAGGUGACCUGGAGACAUUGGCAAUUGUCACCUAUUCCUUGGUGUCCCUCUCCUUGGUGGCUCUGCUGCUGACCUUCUCCUUCCUGACCUGCCUCAAAGGCCUCAAGUCCAACACACGUGGCAUCCACUCCAACAUAUCAGUCACCCUCUUCUUCUCUGAGCUGCUUUUUCUCCUGGGGAUCAACCGCACUGAGAACCAGUUUCUUUGCACUGUGAUUGCCAUCCUUCUCCACUGCUUCUUCCUCUCCACCUUUGCCUGGCUCUUCGUCCAGGGCCUCCACAUCUACCGCAUGCAGACCGAAGCCCGCAAUGUCAACUUCGGGGCCAUGCGUUUCUACUAUGCCAUCGGCUGGGGAGUGCCCGCCAUCAUCACAGGGCUGGCCGUUGGCCUGGAUCCUGAGGGCUACGGAAACCCUGACUUCUGCUGGAUUUCCAUUCAUGAUAAGCUGGUCUGGAGCUUUGCAGGCCCCAUUACUGUCGUCAUUGUGAUGAAUGGGGUCAUGUUCCUGCUUGUGGCCAAGAUGUCCUGUUCCCCAGGCCAAAAGGAGACCAAGAAGAAAUCGGUUCUCAUGACGUUACGGAGCUCCUUUGUUCUGCUUCUAGUUAUUAGCACUACCUGGCUCUUUGGCCUCUUGGCUGUCAACAACAGUGUCCUGGCUUUCCACUACCUCUACACUGUCCUCUGCAGCCUCCAGGGCCUAUCUGUGCUGGUCCUGUUCUGUGUGCUGAAUGAGGAGGUGCGGGAGGCUUGGAAGCUGGCCUGCCUUGGCAAGAAGGGGCAGAGCGAGGAGGCCACGAGGAACACGCAGGGCCCCAACGCCUACAACAACACAGCGCUGUUUGAGGAGAGCGGCCUCAUCCGCAUCACCCUGGGAGCCUCCACCAUCUCGUCGGUGAGCAGCGUGCGUUCUGCCCGCACCCACUCCAGCCAGCGGGCAUACCUCAGAGACAACGUGACGGCACGUCAGGGUUCAGCCCUAGAUCACAGCCUGCUGGCUCAUGCCGGCCCCACGGACAUCGACGUGGCCAUGUUCCACCGCGAUGCUGGGGGAGACCAGGAUUCGGACUCCGACAGUGACCUGUCUCUGGAUGAAGAGCGUAGCCUCUCCAUCCCGUCCUCAGAGAGUGAGGAGAAUGUACGCCUGCGGGGCCGCUUCCAGCGCCAGUUCAAGCGGGCGGCACACAGCGAACGCCUCCUCACUAACCCCGCCAACACCACUCCCAAAGACGUGGAUGGCAACGACCUCAUGUCGUACUGGCCGGCUCUGGGUGAGUGCGAGGUUCACCCCUGCUCCCUGCAGAAGUGGGGCUCUGAGCGGAAGCUGGGAUUCGACAUCAACAAGGAUGCAGCCAACAAUAAUCAGCCAGACCUGGCCUUGACCAGCGGGGAUGAGAACUCCCUCACCCAGACCCAACGGCAAAGAAAAGGGAUUUUGAAGAACCGCCUCCAGUACCCUCCGACUCUCCAAGGCCUGCCAUCUGUCGGCAGGAUGACCAACGAGCUGACGUGGUACAAGACCUCCACGCUGGGUCACAGGGCUGUCCCCGCCGCCUCCUACGGAGGCAGUCUGUCACAGCCAGCCAGCCGGUACUCGUCGCGGGAGCAGCUUGACAUGCUGAUGAGGAGACAGAUGUCCCGGGAGCAGCUGAGCAGACACAACUCAGGAGACUGCUUGGAAGCCGUGCCCAGCCGGCAUGGGUCCAGGGAGGAGCUGGACACUAUCCCCAGCAGGCAUGGUCAGAGAGAUCAUGGGAACACACUGCCCCGGAGGCAGGGCUCCAGAGACCACCUUGACGCUUUACCUUGCAGAUUUGGGUCAAGAGAGCAGCUAGACUGUGGGCCAGUAAGAGAGGUCUCUAGAGAGUGGCUAAACACAUUGCCAAGUAGGCAAGUGUCCAGAGACCGAAUAGACACAUUGCCAAGUCGAGAUACUUCUCGAGAACAAUUGGAUUUGCUUUCUAGAAGGCAGCCUUCAAGGGACCAGCUAGCAUCGGCUAGACAAGCUUCAAGGGAGCAGCUGGACUUUCUGUCCAGAAGAUCCAAUUCCAGAGAGCCUCUGGACACAGUGCCUAGCAGGCAUCCCUCGCAGGACAACCUGGGGAGUCUCUCUAGGCGGCAGCUGUCUAGGGAAAGCCUAGAGCCGCUGUCGAGGAGACAGCCUUCUAGAGAGAACCUGGAGGCCGUUCCCAGCCGACAUCCUUCCACUGAACAGUUAGAUAUCCUUUCUUCCAUCCUUGCUUCUUUUAACUCCUCCGUCCUGUCUUCGGUGCAAUCUUCCAGCACGCCUUCAGGCCCCCAGACCACUGCCACCCCCUCUGCCAUGCAGACCUCCCUGACGCCCUCUGCAAUGUGCCCCUCGACGCCUCGCUCCACCACCUCCCACAGCAUUUCGGAGCUGUCACCAGACUCAGAAAUAACGAGAAACGAGGGCCAUUCCUGA